AUGUAUCCCCCUCCCCCGCCCUACGCUCUGCCGGACCCUGUCAGCCCACCACCGUUCCCCUCGCAUAACCGACCUCCUCCGACACUGGUUACACUGCCCCCACACCUCUUGUUACGAAUCGUCUACGAGACGUUCCCCCCAGGAACGUUGAAGAACCAACGGAAGGUGCUUUACUGGCUUACAAUGAGCCUACGGCUCGUUAAUCGGGCAUUAUACGUUGCAUGUAUGCACGUCCUCCGCUCCACGUACCUCCCCGCCUACGCCUCGCUCAUCCGCCCGCCGUAUACCUCCGACCCCUUCCCGCUAUCGCUGCCGGACAGCCCCUUCGCCGCAUACGCUUCUUCAUCCUCCCCACUCUCGUCACCGCUUCUCCCACUGCAGUCGAUGCAGCGGGAAACGCGCGUGCUCGAUCUCUACAUCGCCCUCAAGGUGCGCGAGGACGUUUGGGCAGACGAAUCCGAGCUUCACCUCGAGCGCGAGGAGAGCUUUAAGGACCUCUUCGACCUCAUGCAGCCGCGGGCGCGCCUGGAAGAUCUCGUCCGUGCCUAUGGUCGACGAGACGGCGUCGUCUCGGUCCUGUCGUCAUCCGGCACCACCCCCCUCGUCUCGUCGCCAUGUCCCCCGAAGAAGUGCGCGAGCGGCGUGGGCAGCUCGGCCGGCAAAUCGAGGGUCGUGACCCGCACGACGAAUCAGGCGCUGCCGUUCCAUGCGCUGUCGGUGUCGUAUUCUCCGAGGGCAGUGGGGAUCGUGCUCUUGACGAAGGAGCGCAAGAAGACGAUCGUGCAGGUGCCGCGCACGAGGGAGGAGACGCUGGAAGACUCCGCGAGGAAGCUGGUGAGGGAGCUCCGGGGAUGGAUAGCUGCGAACCCCAACCAUGGCAUCCGUUGA